AUGGCUAUCGAUACGGAAAAGUUCAACACGGUGAAAUACUCCGAUUACGACAUCCACUUCCAUGCCGAAACGGAUAGUGUAGAUGCUGAUGGUACCUUUGUCAUUAACAAGGAGUCUGCUGCUGCGCUGAACCACCCAGAAUACCUUCCUUCAUGGGAUCCAACCCAAAAGUUUGCCCCAUUGAAGUUCUACAAACACGAGGAACCAGGUGCAAGAGCUGACAAGAACCUACCCAACCUCUUCCCCGAGGGCAAGGACUUCCAGUUAAAGAAAAUCACGCCAAAGUUGGGUUCCCAGGUGACAGGUAUUCAAUUGUCUGAUUUGACUCCAGAAGGUAAAGACGAACUUGCACUCUUCGUAGCUCAGAGAGGUGUGGUGGUCUUCAGAGACCAAGAUUGGGCCCAUAAAGGUCCCAAGUAUAUCACAGACUACACCAGACACUUUGGACGCUUACACAUCCACCCAACAUCUGGUGCACCCAAGGGGUUCCCAGAACUUCACAUCACUUACAGAAGACCAGACCCCCAAGAGUUUGAGCGGACAUUUGCUCACAAGAACAAUAAUGUGGGCUGGCACUCGGACGUUUCUUAUGAGCUCCAGCCUCCAGGAACCACCUUUUUUGCUGUCUUGGAUGGCCCUGAGGCUGGAGGAGACACCAUCUUCGCUGACACUGUAGAGGCCUACAACAGAUUGUCACCUGAGUUUCAGAAGAGAUUGGAGGGCUUGCAUGCGUUGCACUCUUCAGUUAAACAGGCUUCCAACUCGUCUGGUUACGGUGGAAUCCAAAGAAGAGACCCGGUAGAGCACAUCCAUCCAUUGAUUAGGGUUCAUCCAGCAACUGGUCAGAAAGCAAUUUAUGUGAAUAAGCCAUUCACCAGAAGAAUUGUCGAAUUAAAGCAAGAGGAAUCUGAUUACUUGUUGAACUUCUUGUAUAACCACAUUGAAUCUGCUCAAGACUUGCAAUUAAGAGCAAGUUGGGAGAAAGAUACCGUGGUGGUCUGGGACAACAGAAGAUUGGUGCAUUCUGCCAUUAUCGAUUGGGAUGCUCCAGUGUCUAGACAUGCAGUGAGAGUGACACCUCAGGCUGAGAGACCAGUAGAAAACUUGGAGGACUUAAACAAGCCUGAGGUUAGUCUUGGAGAUGUGGCCGACGCUCUUGAUAAGCUCGCAACUUGA